UUCAUCUUCUAAAAGUAUUUUAUAAAAUUUAUCAAAGAUUUAUAAGUCUAGUUUGAAAAAAUUCACUUUAGGUUCGUAGGUUUUUUUUGGGGGAAAGCAUGAUACCUAUUUAGGAAAAGAAAAAUUAAACUAAAAAAUUUCCUUUCGAUCGCAAAAUUUAUUGUUGCUAUGGCAAACGUGGGCGAGCCAACCCGAAAUGCACUUACAUCUCCAUCAACUCCUUUGCCUUCUCCUUCUCCUCCUCCUCCGACGCCAUUGAGGAUCAUCAACCUGGAGACGGAGAUCUCUGAGGAGGAGAGUCGCCGGCAGACGAACAUGAACAGAGCAUGGGUUCACCUGGGAUUUGCCCUAAUGCUGUGCAUCAUUUUCGUGCUGCUCUUUUGCACGGCCUCACUCUUUGUCAAGGAAAUGGUGGGUCCGGACUCCUUGGAUAACAUCACCAAACUGCGGGAAAUUUAUCUGCAAAGAGAGCGUGAGCGGCGACUGGGCGGAAGGAUCACACUGAGCCCUCUGGAGGAGGUGGCCAAUGCUCGACUGCUGGCCGUCAAGCAGGUGGACGAGGAGGAGCAUCGGCUAUGGCAGAGCUAUCACAACAGACCGCCACCGUUUCUAGGACACCGAAACAUCAGCGACACUGAUCUGUAUGCUUUGCUAAGAAGCAUGCCCAAGGGCGGUCUCCUCCAUGUCCACGACUCGGGCAUCCUGGGAACGGAUUUGCUCAUACAAAUGACCCAACGCGAUAACUUAUGGGUCUGCGUGAACCUGAAUCAAGGCUUCGAGGACUUUCGCUUUUCUUUAUUGUAUCCGGAUAUCCUACCCUCGGACGAUUACCAGUGUUCGUGGAUGCUGAUGAGGGACUUCUACGAGCACGAACCCCUUGCCAAAUUUGUGGCCAGGCUGAAGGAGAGUCUCAGUGUUCCACAGGAGGGUUUCGCGACAUCCAGGAAGCUGGCAAGGCACUUGAAGCGAUCCCAGCGGCUCAUCCAUGGACUGAUCACCUACAAGCCGCUUUGGAGUAACUUCCUGUUUGGCAUGCUGCAGGAUUUGUAUCAGGAUGGAGUGCAGUAUGUGGAGAUGCGUUCCUCGUUGCCAAUUCUGUAUGAUAUGGAGGGAAGUGAUUAUACCAUUUUGGAUUCGGCUGAGGCCAUGGUUACCGUGUCCAAUCUGUUCCAGUCCACCUAUAAGGAUUUUAUCGGCAUUAAGCUGAUCUAUGCGCCUUCCCGUGACUUUAAUGACAGUCGCAUGGACAGCUAUGUGGCCAAUGCCCAACUCCUAAAGAAACACUUUCCCCAACUCCUGGCUGGCUUUGAUCUCGUCUCCCAUGGCAAUGAGUGUGAGCUGCCCCCUUUGAGUCGCAUUUCUCAGCUCUCAAAGUUGUUCAAAAAGGUGGACUUUUAUUUCCAUGCUGGAGACUCACGCUGCCAGGAUAAUAUGCAACCCGAUGUGAAUCUCAUCGAUGCCAUGCUGCUGGGCAGCAAGAGGAUAGGCAACUCGCUAAAUGUUCCUCUACAUUCGGAGGUAAUGCGGGGUCUGCAUUUCCUAAACGUGGCCGUUGAGGUGUGUCCUCUGUCCAAUCAUUAUCUGGAGUAUGUCAAUGAUUUUCGGAAUCAUCCGGCUGCGUAUCUCAUAGCCGCCGGCUUUCCCAUUGUGAUUGGUUCGGAUUAUCCGUAUUUCUGGAAUGCCGCCCCUUUGACCGAUGAUUUUUAUGUGGCCUUUGUGGGCAUGGUUGGGGGCAAUGGUAAUUUACGCCUGCUCAAGCAGCUGGCCAAGAAUUCCCUGCUUCAUAGCGCUCUCAAUGGGCUGGAGAAGACGAGGGCCAUGGACAAGUGGAAAUGCAACUGGAAUCGGUGGAUCAAGAACUUUUUGAACAGUACCCAAUACCUAGGAAGAGAGUCUGAAGGGAAGAAGUGAAAAUAUCUAGUGUGGAGUGUAGGAAAAAUUUGGUAAAAAUAAAAAAUAAGCUCGGGGCGUAGACAAAGA